AGUGUUGCAUCCAAGGCACCAGAAGGUACACGUGUCUCGCCACAAUGAGCAGCGGUGUGUUGCUGACGGCUGUACACAACAACUGUUCUCUGGCUCCGGCCGCUCUCUGUUUACAGCCCCUUUGGGAUCGGGUGCGCAGCUUGGAGAGCUGGAUCAAGUCGCCCUUCUUCCCGGUGAGCUUUUCCUUGGGGGUCUACCUCGCUUUCUGCCUGCCUUUCGUCUUCCUGGAUUUCCUGGCUCCAAGACUCGACUUCCUGAAGAAGUACAAGAUCCAGGCUCAGAACAAUCCGAGUGCCAGGAUGAUGGCGAGCUGCCUGGCACAGACCCUGUACAACCACAUUCUCUACAUCUUCCCGCUGUCGGUGGCGCACUGGUACUGGCGCCCGAUGCAGCUGCCGCUCGCUGCGCCUGAGCUGCCCAAGGCGCUGCUAGACAUUGCUGCUUGCCUGCUUCUCUUCGACUUCCAGUAUUUCGUGUGGCAUCUCCUCCAUCACAAUGCCUGGCUCUACCGCACCUUCCACAAGGCUCACCACAAGUACACGGCCACUUUCGCCCUGGCCACCGAGCACUCGGGCGCCUGGGAGACCCUCUCCUUGGGAUUCUUCGCCGCCGUUAACCCGGCCAUCCUGAGCUGCCAUCCUCUCACCAGGUUACUCUUCUUCACCUUCAAUAUCUGGCUGUCGGUGGAGGACCACUCGGGCUACGACUUCCCCUGGUCCACGCACAGGCUGGUGCCCUUUGGACUGUAUGGAGGGGCUCCUCACCACGACCUCCAUCACAUGAAGUUCAGAACCAACUAUGCUCCUUACUUCACCCACUGGGACAGGCUCCUAGGAACUUAUACCACACUACCCAAAAAGUCCCAGUGAUUUGUUUGGAACUUACUUUGCAGAAAAGAUUUUGAGAGACUGAUUUAUUUAUUAUAGACACUGAAAAGUAUUGAGAUCCAUCGAUGCAGGGUGGUGAUUCACCACCAAAAGAACUGUUCAGGAGAAUAAAGUUCUUGCUGUUUAGAAAAAACUCUUAAAAUGUGUAGUUUUAAAAAAAAAGUACAAAGCACUUUCAUAAUUUUUGUUAUUGAAGUUUUUGCUUAAUGUUUUUACAGUUAAUGUUCACUGCAGGUCAGUGAUUAAUAUGAAAUGAAUUUAACAUAAAGAUAUAGUUGUUUUUAUAUUGCAAAGCACUUUUAUGAUUAUUUUUGUUGCUUGAUGUUUUUUACAGUUCAUAAAGUUACA